GUCCUUGUCUCACCUCCCUCAUGCUCGCUUUUCGGCGCUAGAAGCUCUGCACCGAGCUCUCUCAUACGCAUCGCUUGCAUCGCCGCAUCGUCCGCUCCCCUCUCGUCCUAUCGCCGACUCUGCUUCUCUUCUCAUCGCCCAUCUCCGUCCGACAAUAUCCCGACACUCUCAGUUCUUCUUGUCUCCGCUCAACAUCAGCCUCAUCCCUUUCACCUCCGCCGCAAAAUGCACCACGCGCACUCUCUUUACUGCUGUGACUUGGAUCACGGCUCGUCUUCGACCCAGCCGCUGUCCUUUGAGGACUUUUGCUCCGGCUUCCUGCCCACGCCCGACUCGGCGACGGCGCGCGACAGAAUCGCCCCCUGCAAUGAUGGGUGCGCCGACAUGCAGCGCCGCGACUCGUGUAACUCGGACUGUGAAAAGCCGUGCGACGAGGACUGCGAGCAGGAGUGCACCGAGGAGUGUGCGCCCUGCACGCAAGAUUGCGGGCAGGAAUGGUGUCCGCCAGACUGCACCGUCGAGGAGAUGAUACAACGCUGCAACGACGCCGCGUGCACUCUCCCACAGGUCGAUGUCGAUCCGCUCGCACUCUUGCUUCGCCAGCCGCAAGAUCCGAAUUAUAUGGACUAUAUUGCACAGGUGUUCGCGCAGGCGCAAACGCAUGUGCCUCAACCACAGUUGCAACAUGUGUGCCGCUGGCAAAACUGUAACGCCUCCUUUGCCGACUUUGCGAAACUAGCAGCCCACAUCGCUGCCGACCAUCUGGUUAGCGAAGCUUCAGCGUCAAGUGCUGCUCCAACCCCGGCGCGCGAGUUGUCGCUCGGCACUAAUGCCUUCAUGGAGAUGAUGAGCGCCUUACCAGGUUCCUUGUCUCAGUCGGCAUCGCCCGCACCGGUUCCCACGACCACUGUCUCGACACAAGGGUCUGACAACUUCAACGUUGCGUGCAUGUGGGCUGACUGCUUCGACUUUGCGGCCGGCGAUGCGGCCGCCUCUAAUACUGGUACCGCUGGGACUACACCGCAGAGUAACAUCCAGACCCCGGCGCAGUCACUCGCGACCCACUCCGCGGCAUCCGGGAUGACAACGCAAAUGCACGGCGAGAUGUCGCCGCAGACACUGUUCAAGCACCUUAUGAAGGACCACCUAGGCUUGCCUGACCCGCGCUCUGUUGACAAGGGCCACACCCACCUCGUACUCACGCAUCUGCACAACGCAGCGCACCCUCACGCCCACCCGCACCCUCACCACGAGUGUGCGCCCGGCGUACCGCACGAUGCGCACGCGCACGUGCUCGCGCACAGCCAUAACGUACUGGGCCCGCACCACCACCAUUCUUUGCCGCUGCAGCGGACGUUGCCGACGCCGUCUCCGUCGCUUUCGCCGACGAACACGACACACUCGUGCCUGUGGCACGAGUGUGCGCUGCACGAACCCUUCGCCACCUCCGCCGACCUCAUGUCGCAUCUCGAAGCGGCGCACGUAGGGCGCGGCGCGCGCGAAUACCGUUGCCGCUGGGCCGGGUGCGGCGACGGCGCCGGCCGCGUCUUCGCGACCCGCCAAAAGCUCAUCCGGCACCUGCGGAUGCACACGCAAGACCGGCCCUUCGUGUGCGACGUGUGUGGCCAAGGCUUCGCCGAGAAGGCGCCCCUCGAAACGCACAUGCGGCGGCACCGCGACGAAAAGCCCUACAAGUGCCCGUACCCCGGGUGCGGGCAGGCGUUCACUCAGAAAUCCGGGCUCAACGUGCACGAGCGGACGCACACGGGCGUCGAGCCGUUCCGGUGCGAUCUGUGCGGCCGGGGAUUUAAGGAGGCCAGCAAUCUCAGCAAACAUCGGCGCACGCAUACGGGCGAGAAGCCGUUUGCGUGUGUUUACGCCGGGUGCGGGAAGCGGUUCGCGCGCACGGACCAGCUGCAGCGCCACAUGAAGAUACACGACAAGGGCGGCGUCAAGAAGGUCGCGAGGAGCGGCGCGCUGGCGGCGAGGGCGUAGGUGGCAAAGUAGUGCAGAAGUACAGACUAGCCGUAGAUCUGAAAGAAAAGAGCAGAGCAGGCGGGGACACGAUCCCUUGUAUUCAUGCGUGUCUCAUGUAUCGAUUGCUUUUG